CUAAUACCUGCUCCGGUGUACGACCGCCGUCAUGGUGUCUCUUGGCUGCCGGUGCCUUAUAAACCGGCGUCGUGUCCAAGGCAGUCAACACCUGUAUCUCCGGCCUGUGCAGCGGUUUGUAGGCUCUGCUCGUAUUCAAUAGAGAAAAACCGGCCAUAAUGCGGUCUCUGAGCCUCCUUCCGGCCAUCGCGGGUAUCGCCAGUGCAGCUUGCCCUUACUUGACGGGCGAGCUGCCUGGUGAAGGAACCCUUCAUCGUCGAGACGACAGCAAUGCCAACAGCAACAGCAACAGUGCUGCCGCGGAGACGGAGGAAUUCCUGUCGCAGUUCUAUGUCAACGACACUGGCGCCUUCAUGACCACCGACGUUGGCGGUCCUAUCUCCGACCAGAACAGUCUGAGCAUCGGCCAGAGAGGCCCUACUCUGCUCGAGGACUUUAUCUUCCGUCAGAAGAUCCAGCAUUUCGACCAUGAACGGGUCCCCGAACGUGCCGUCCAUGCUCGCGGAGUGGGCGCCCAUGGUACUUUCACUUCGUACGCGGACUGGUCCAAUAUCACUGCUGCCUCGUUCCUGGGAGGCGCCGGCAAAGAGACGCCCAUGUUCGUCCGCAUGUCGACCGUUGCCGGAAGUCGAGGCAGCAUUGACACGGCCCGGGAUGUCCAUGGAUUCGCCCUCCGUUUCUACACGGACGAAGGAAACUUUGGUAGGAAACCAGAUAGAAAUAAGCGGAACCGGAUUCAAUCCGUCUGCUGACAGCCAUCAGAUAUCGUCGGGAACAACAUGCCCGUCUUCUUCAUCCAGGACGCCAUCCUCUUCCCCGAUCUCAUACACGCCGUCAAGCCCAGAGCAGACAACGAGAUCCCUCAAGCUGCUACUGCUCACGACUCGGCUUGGGACUUCUUCAGCGGCCAGCCCAGCUCGCUGCAUACCCUCUUCUGGGCCAUGUCUGGCCACGGAAUCCCCCGUUCCUUCAGGCACGUCGACGGCUUCGGCAUUCACACGUUCCGUUUCGUGACCAACAACGGCACCUCCAAGCUGGUCAAGUUCCACUGGCGUUCUCUGCAGGGUCGCGCUGGUUUCCUCUGGGAAGAGGCGCAGCAGACGGCCGGUCAGAACCAGGACUUUAUGCGUCAGGAUCUGUUCGAGGCGAUUGAGGCUGGAAGAUAUCCCGAGUGGGAGUUCGGUGUCCAGAUCAUGGAGGAAGGAGAUCAACUCCGCUUCGGCUUCGAUCUUCUCGAUCCCACCAAGAUCGUCCCUGAGGAAUAUGUGCCCAUUACCUGGCUGGGCAAGAUUCAACUCAACCGCAACCCGCGCGACUACUUCUCGGAGACGGAGCAGGUCAUGUUCCAACCUGGCCACAUCGUCCGUGGCGUCGAUUUCACCGAUGAUCCCCUGCUGCAGGGACGUCUCUUCUCGUACCUGGACACGCAGUUGAACAGACACGGCGGGCCCAACUUCGAGCAGAUCCCCAUCAACCGGCCUCGUGUUCCUUUCCAUAACAACAACCGUGAUGGAGCUGCCCAAAUGUUCAUCCCCCUCAACAAGAACCCCUACACCCCCAACACCCAGAACAGCGGCUGGCCCGCCCAAGCAAACCAGACCGUGGGCAAUGGCUUCUUCUCCGCACCAACAAGAUACUACUCGGGCAACCUCGUCCGCGCCGUCAGCCCGACCUUCGCAGACGUCUGGUCGCAGCCGCGUCUCUUCUACAACUCACUCGUGCCGCAGGAACAGCAAUUCCUGAUCGACGCCAUCCGCUUCGAGAACUCCAAGGUCCAGAGCCCGGUCGUCCGCUCGAACGUCGUCAUGCAACUGAACAAGGUCGACAAUGACCUCGCCAGACGCGUGGCUCGCGUUAUCGGCAUCCCCGAGCCCACGCCCGACCCGACAUAUUACCACAACAACAAGACCGUCAACAUGGGCACCUUCGGCCAGCCCCUGCUCAGACUCGACGGUCUGAAGGUCGGUGUUCUAGCCUCCGUUUCUAAUCCCGACUCGAUCAAGAUGGCUGCUUCCGAGCUCCGCAAGAACCUCUCCAUGAGCAAUGUCGAUGUCGUUGUUGUCGCUGAGCGUCUCGCCGAUGGUGUCGAUCAGACCUAUUCUGCGUCUGACGCGACCAAUUUCGAUGCCGUCGUCGUCGCUAAUGGUGCCGAGGGCCUGUUCGCUAGUACGCGCUCCAGCCCUGUUUGGAAGCAGACUGGUGGCACGCUUUAUCCCGCUGGUAGGCCCUUACAGAUUCUCGUCGAUGCGUUCCGCUUCGGUAAGGCUGUUGGUGCUUGGGGAAGUGGUUCUGCUGCGUUUAACACCGCUGGUAUCCCUACUUCCAACCCUGGUGUCUAUGUUACCGGUGGGGUCGAUGGUACCUGGGUUGGCAUGUUGGAGAAUGGGUUGAGGACGUUCAAGUUCCUUGAUCGUUUCCCCGUUGAGGUUGACGAGUAAUGGAAAGUAUACUAAUGCAUAAUGGUCUUUUCCACGAGAUCUGUGGAUGGGCUGAGGGCUUUGGCUCUGUGUACAAUUAGCAAUUCCAUCAUCAGGUUCUAUUAUAUAUAGACGGAUUUCAUGGUUUGUCUUCAUCUGAACUUGUUCUAUGCACUGUUUUGCC